AGCUGGAUAGAUGCUUGAGAUGGAUAAUGUUAUGCUUCUGCAUCACCAUUUACUGAAGGCUGUGGUCGGGAAGAAGGCCAUUUGUUUCCCAAAGGAAAAAUUCACAUGCCAGCAGGAUACAAGAGAAGAAGAAAAGCUGUAUGAUGAAUUUUCAGUUGGCAUUUACCGCCUGUCUACCAGCAGCUCUCAAGAUCAAGAACUAGUUCGACAUUUUCCUAUAGAAUUAUCAUUUCUACUUUGUAAAUUUUUAUCUUGUGAAGGUUGCAGCUUAGAAUUUUCAUCGACAGGAGCAAGGUUUCCCAAGGUCAGACUUGUGGUUCCUGGGCGGUACACUGCUUUGUCUAACGAUAAGAAAAUGGUGGCAAUUCUACACAGAGAACUAGAGCGCAAAGUUGAGAAAGUUAAGCAUACGAAGUUGGAGGUCAUGCGGCUGAAGACCAAAAACAAUAUGAACUUCCAGCCUGAAUAAAUCAUAACUGAUCAGUCCACGUUAGACAUUAACUUUUUUGUGAAGAAUAAGGAUUGGGGGAUGGGGAGGGUGGGGCUUAUUAAGUUUCCUCCUCUGAAAAGGGGGGGGGGCUUA